UGCAGGGACUUCCUGCCUCGAGGAUCUGGCAUUGUCACCCGACGUCCCCUGGUCUUGCAGCUGGUCAAUGCAACCACAGAAUAUGCCGAGUUCCUGCACUGCAAGGGAAAGAAAUUCACCGACUUCGAGGAGGUGCGCCUUGAGAUCGAGGCCGAGACCGACCGGGUCACCGGCACCAACAAGGGCAUCUCGCCGGUGCCUAUCAACCUCCGCGUCUACUCGCCGCAUGUGCUGAACCUGACCCUGGUGGACCUGCCCGGAAUGACCAAGGUCCCGGUGGGGGACCAACCUCCCGACAUCGAGUUCCAGAUCCGGGACAUGCUUAUGCAGUUUGUUACCAAGGAGAACUGCCUCAUCCUGGCCGUGUCCCCUGCCAACUCUGACCUGGCCAAUUCUGACGCCCUCAAGGUCGCCAAGGAGGUGGACCCCCAGGGCCAGCGCACCAUCGGGGUCAUCACCAAGCUGGACCUGAUGGACGAGGGCACAGAUGCCCGUGACGUGCUGGAGAACAAGCUGCUCCCCCUGCGCAGAGGCUACAUUGGGGUGGUGAACCGGAGCCAGAAGGACAUUGAUGGCAAGAAGGACAUUACCGCCGCCUUGGCUGCUGAACGAAAGUUCUUCCUCUCCCAUCCAUCUUAUCGCCACUUGGCUGACCGUAUGGGCACGCCCUACCUGCAGAAGGUCCUCAAUCAGCAACUGACGAACCACAUCCGGGACACACUGCCGGGGCUGCGGAACAAGCUGCAGAGCCAGCUGCUGUCCAUUGAGAAGGAGGUGGACGAGUACAAGAACUUCCGCCCUGAUGACCCAGCUCGCAAGACCAAGGCCCUGCUGCAGAUGGUCCAGCAGUUCGCCGUAGACUUUGAGAAGCGCAUUGAGGGCUCAGGAGAUCAGAUCGACACCUAUGAACUGUCAGGGGGAGCCCGCAUUAACCGAAUCUUCCACGAGCGCUUCCCCUUUGAGCUGGUCAAGAUGGAGUUUGACGAGAAGGAACUUCGAAGGGAGAUCAGCUAUGCUAUCAAGAAUAUCCACGGCAUUAGAACGGGGCUGUUUACCCCAGACAUGGCCUUUGAGACCAUUGUGAAAAAGCAGGUGAAGAAGAUCCGAGAACCGUGUCUCAAGUGUGUGGACAUGGUUAUCUCGGAGCUAAUCAGCACCGUUAGACAGUGCACCAAGAAGCUCCAGCAGUACCCGCGGCUGCGGGAGGAGAUGGAGCGCAUCGUGACCACCCACAUCCGGGAGCGCGAGGGCCGCACCAAGGAGCAGGUCAUGCUUCUCAUCGAUAUCGAGCUGGCUUACAUGAACACCAACCAUGAGGACUUCAUAGGCUUUGCCAAUGCUCAGCAGAGGAGUAACCAGAUGAACAAGAAGAAGACUUCAGGGAACCAGGAUGAGAUUCUGGUCAUCCGCAAAGGCUGGCUGACUAUCAAUAAUAUUGGCAUCAUGAAAGGGGGCUCCAAGGAGUACUGGUUUGUGCUGACCGCUGAGAAUCUGUCCUGGUACAAGGAUGAUGAGGAGAAAGAGAAGAAAUACAUGCUCUCUGUGGACAACCUCAAGCUGCGGGACGUGGAGAAGGGCUUCAUGUCGAGCAAGCACAUCUUUGCCCUCUUUAACACGGAGCAGAGGAAUGUCUACAAGGAUUAUCGGCAGCUGGAGCUGGCCUGUGAGACACAGGAGGAGGUGGACAGCUGGAAGGCCUCCUUCCUGAGGGCUGGCGUAUACCCUGAGCGUGUUGGGGACAAAGAGAAAGCCAGCGAGACCGAGGAGAAUGGCUCCGACAGCUUCAUGCAUUCCAUGGACCCACAGCUGGAACGGCAAGUGGAGACCAUCCGGAAUCUUGUGGACUCGUACAUGGCCAUUGUCAACAAGACCGUGCGGGACCUCAUGCCCAAAACCAUCAUGCACCUCAUGAUUAACAAUACCAAGGAGUUCAUCUUCUCGGAGCUGCUGGCCAACCUGUACUCGUGUGGGGACCAGAACACGCUGAUGGAGGAGUCGGCGGAGCAGGCACAGCGGCGCGACGAGAUGCUGCGCAUGUACCACGCGCUGAAGGAGGCGCUCAGCAUCAUCGGCGACAUCAAUACGACCACCGUCAGCACGCCCAUGCCCCCGCCCGUGGACGACUCCUGGCUGCAGGUGCAGAGCGUACCGGCCGGACGCAGGUACCAGGGCCGGCCCCCACGGCCC